AGCGGCCUCUGCAGUUUUUGUUAUUGCUUGUUAUGCGUGGACACCGGCGGUGAAGAAACCUACCUGGGAUCCCGUUGUUCUCAUGAAGAGAGCCACUAUAUUUUCCUACCGAUAGCUCGUAGCGUAGUGGGAGCGCCGGAAACUCCGGGAGCAAGCCAGGAGCGCGCGCGUGGGUGGGAACGACCCCGCCGUUGAUGCAGAAAGGGAGCGCACUGCACUACGAUCGCUUGGACCAUGUGAAGCGACCUGCGUCCGGAGGUCCUGAAGAUUUGGGACAGCAUGCGCCUCGAAGGAUGGCCAUUAUGAGUGAGAUCGAGGAACAGGAACGCAAAAUAGUUAACGAAUUCUGUCACUUGCUCGAGAAGUCCAAGCAACUCUUCAAUGGGUUGAGGGACCUGCCACAGUAUGGACACAAGCAGUGGCAGGCGUACUUUGGGAGAACGUUCGACGUGUACACCAAGUUAUGGAAAUUUCAGCAGCAACAUAGGCAAAUUUUGGACAUUAAAUACGGUCUGAAACGAUGGCAAAUCGGGGAGAUUGCAUCCAAGAUUGGGCAACUUUACUACCACUAUUACCUGCGUACGAGCGAGACCAACUAUCUCAACGAGGCAUUCUCAUUCUACGCGGCCAUCCGAGCCCGAGGCUACUAUUCCAAGGCGAGCAAGGAGGAGAGCCUACCCUACUCGCACCGGUCAGACCUGAUGGUCAAGAAGCUUCGGUAUUAUGCACGCUUCAUUGUUGUGUGCCUCCUGCUCAAGAAGAUGAAGCUGGUGCGGGACCUAGUGAGGGAGCUUGCCAAGCAGAUCGAUGACUACACUGCCACAUACGAGCCGGAAGAUCAGCUGGAAUGGUCCCUCGUCCUGGGCGAGAUCAAGUCCUUCAUCGACGCGGACAACCUGGUGAACGUGGUGGACCUGGACUCGUCGUCGAUAGUGCUGUCCCACCGCCUGAGUCCGCUCAACACCCCGCCCAUGGAAAAGGUGCCCUCAAGCCACCUCAGCCUGCAGGAGAUCCUCAUCAUCGGCAACUGCUGCGACCAGACGGGUGGUGGCACUGCCCAGGUGAAGUUCAGCGAGCUGACGCUGGACAUGUUCCGGAUGCUGCAAACCCUGGAGCGGGAACCCCAGGAGGACGCCACCCAGCUGUACGACGCUUCCCCCGCUCCGGGGAGGGUGCCCUUCCCGGAGAAUGGGGGCACUGGGGACGGGCGCCCGGGCAAGCGUGAGAACCCGCACAAGUACCUGCUGUACAAGCCCAGCUUCAGCCAGCUCUUCGUCUUCCUGGCCUCGGGCUUCAAGGAGCUGCCUCCCAACGGGGUGCUGCUGCUAUACGUGUCGGCUGACGGGAGUUUUCCAAACGCCAAGCAGCCCGAGGACGUGGGAUACGACUACGGCGGAGUGACCACCAACAGCAAGCGGGAGCCGGAUCAUUCCAACAAGCGCAACAUUCAGCUGAAAGACCUGCACUGCCUGUACCCGGGCGACCUGUACCCGUACACGCGCAAGCCCCUGUUCCUCAUCAUGGACAGCGACAACAGCCACGUGUUCCAGCACAUGCCCCGGUUCUUCGGGCAGCCCCUGGUGGCACUCAUGUCGCCCGAGGAUGUGCCACCCGCCUUUCACGACCAGCAGCACAAGGGCAACCUGCUGACGCUGUUCCUGCACAGCCCGCUGACAGCGCUGUGCUUCGUGUGCCACGUGGUGGACGUGCCGGUGUCCCUCUGGGACAAGGCCCAGGGACACCUGAACCGCUUCAUGGCCGAGGCCAGUCGCGUGCUCAUACGCUCCCGCAGCAUAGACCCCGCUUACUUGCAAUUCUACGGUGAUGACUUCCUAAGGUUGUUGAUGCUGAGGUUCAUCUUCUGUCAUGUUGUCCUAAAGCUACAUCGAAUGUUCAAGAUUAAGUAUUCGGUGGGGGACCCUGAGAACUUGUAUCAGAGGAUGCCUCAGGCAGCCAUGGGCACGCCUCCCUACCUGAGCCUGCCGGGCUCCAACUAUCUUCCCCGGUCGCACCCCCCGAUCCCGGAGAGCGAGGUGCUGGACCACCCAGCCCUGCAGCGCACGGUGCUGGAGUUGGCCGGGGUGCUGGACGUGCGCUCCCUCUUCUCGGACCUGGAUGAGGCCGACUGACAGGCGGUCAUGUUCACCCUGGCCUGAGGGCCCUGCCUCCUCCCCUCGACACGCCUCCCUCUCUCCUCGGUUCUUCUCUGCGCCCCCGACCCGCGCCGAACUCCCUUCGUCCGUUCUUUCGUUGCCACGCCGCUUGCACGACUGGCGCCACUGGGACGACGAGGCCCGCUUCUUGUUCCAGUUCAGUUGGCAGACGGUCGAGAGACGGAAGACGCUGACGUUGGUCUUUGCCUCUACUUGCGUCGCAUUGCGCCGUCGUUGGCGCUUGUUCUGACAUUAUUUUGGAAUCCUGUCCGAAAUAACAAAAUAGAUUGUUGCAAAGACGCUGAUGAGAAGCGAGGUAGGACAACCGCUGGAAGGUCUAGGUUGUUUUGGGCUGCCCGAAAGGAAGACCCAGACGUGCUAUGAGACGGCAGCCACGACAGAAUCUGAAACAUUCGGAAGAUGUGGUCGAUUUUAUUUUAUAGUGAAAAUAUCUGAGGUGAUUUUAUUAAUCGUCUCAUUUAAAAUGUUGUAGCAUAACUGUAAAGCUACUAGAAAAGAAAGGAAGCUCGACAGUUGAUGUUUUGCUGCUUCUUUAGGCGUUACCACGAAAGGAAAAUGGCUGCCUCGGAACUUACAAUUCGGUCGUGUAACGCUGGACACAAAGGGCAAGCAGAGAAUACAAGAUUCAACCAGAGCUUACUUUCACUGUGGCACUUUGCCUCGCAAACCAGGCUUUCUCAUGUGACAGAUGAAAGUCCCCCGGAGCUUUACAUUAUUCCUUGUUGGAGGGCCAUCAGCUUCAAGCUAUUUUUUAAAAUGUCUCUGCCAGGGGCUUGACCAAGGAUGGGCUUAUUAGGCUUCACCCUCCACCCUCCAGAGUGUAAUCAACCUCAAAUGCUUAUGCAUAGUUGCAUAUAGUGCCAAUGCCCCUGCUCCCUAAAUCAUGGACAUCUCGCCCUCUCGAAACAAAUUCCUGGCUACGCCACUGGGCUCUGCUCAACUAAGCCUGCAUUGCAUAUAUCUCUGCGACGCAAGUGUCACUGCUCUGACAUUCUUAUUCUGUUCCAGUUUUGAACGUAACUUUUGUUUGUUCUACUGUCGAGACCGGUUAUAACAAAGUCGGUUAUAAUGAAAUAGCGGCUACAGCGAAGCGAUCGCGAUUGUCCAUUCCCUUUGCACUUCGUUAUAACCGAAGCCGGUUAUAACGAAAUAGCGGAUAUGGCGAAGUGAUUUCCGAUUCCCGUUGACUUCGUUAUAACUGGGCUUGACAGUACCAAGCUCUUUAACUACAAAGUGGCAUGCUGCAUUUUCCAUCAUUGAGAGUAGGUUACAUAUUUAAUGUUUUGGCAGUCUCUGAACUGCAAUAGCAAUGCUACACGAAGAUACCUCAAAUUGAAUCGCAAGUUGCACGAGUGGCGAACGUGCCCAACAUGGAUCAAAGGUUUUGAUUGUUUGUUCGCCAUUUCCCAUUCUACAGUCAAAAGAUUGCGUGCUGAGGUUUGUCACAUAUGCCUGGAAGAGGUAUUGUUCAACGGCCUGAUCUCUGAAUGUUAUUCGCAACAGCCUCCACUGCCAAAGGUCUAUGUAGAGGGCAAGUAUGUCUGCUUCUUGCGAAGGGGGUAGCGGUGACGUCGGAACGCUGAGCCCUGAUUGGCUGAUCGCGACCUCCUAUUUGAGCGUCGUCUGCUUCUUUGCAGCGUCGUCUGCUUGCAACGUCGUCUGCGUCUGUCUUACCUUUCCUGCAACUUUCAAAAGCGCAGGUCUUUACGAGCAAGCUCGACUUCGCUUUUCAGAGAGGGCAGACGAAAUAACUCGAGCGGUAUGUUGUUUUUGUCUAACAACUAGCAGAGUUGCAUCAAGGAGAGAAGUCAAAGGACUCACCGGCAAGGUGUCCCGAGGCGCCGAGGUUUAUUUGCUAAGAACGGAGAGUGAGGGUGGCUAGCAUCCGCAAGUUCCCACCCCAAAUACUUUUUCCCUCCUUUAGUGUGCGGCGAGACUCCUCACUCUUUAACGGCGUCGGCGGGUUGGCGAAGUUGGCGCAGUUAAUGUCACCUGCUUUAAGUCUGCUAGUCAAAGCGAUGGCUGCUUUACCUUUCCUGCGUCUGUUGGAGAUUCACCGCUCUCUAAAAGGCGUAGUCGAGCUCGCACGUAAAGACCUGCACUUCCGAAAGUCGCAGGAAAGGUAAGACAGACUCAGACGAAGUUGCGAGCAGACGACGUUGCAAAGCAACAGACGACUCUCAGAUAGGGGGUCGCGGUCAGCCAACCAAAGCUCGGCGUUCUGACAUCACCGUUACCCCCUGCGCAAGAAGCAGACGAACUUGCGCUCCGCAUAAAGAGAGAUUUAAUCUCGGCAGGUCGGCCACUUGGCCUGAAGGAGCACUUCUCAAGCUGUGGUCCACGACCCCCUGGGGACCUCGAGAGCGUUCAUUGGGGUCUGCGCAAAUUAAACUGUACCCACCCCCCCCUUGCCUUUGAGAUGGUCAGAGGGUCCAUGAUGGCCAAAAGUUUGAGAUCUUCUGGCCCAAGGCAGUUUUGAUUCCAAAUUAAUUAAGUAUCGGAUUCUAGACAAUUGCAUGCAUUCUGCCAACUUAUUGGAGUCAAUGAGGUGGCCAUGGGCUCUCUUCACUAAAUGGUUGGAGUUUGUUUUAAGCAUUAGUAUGCGAUGAAGUAAGACUUUGUGAUGUUGCGAGUAGAUGUUUUCUCAUAGAAAACAUCUGGGUAUGAGCGAUUUUUCCGCUGAGACUCUUCCUUCGUUCAAAUUUGAGCAAAGUCUAAUUGACUUCCUUUGCUAAUUUGGAAUUGCUGUUCUCUGGAGGCUGUUACCCCGAUCCAACAAAGAUCACCUUACAAGCGGGCCUUGUUGCCCUGGUGGCGUUGCCGUGGCAUGUGGGGGCCUAUGAUUUAGUCAACCCCGGAUCACCAAACUGUUACUCAAGUGCGAAACACUCUCAACCUCUGGGCCCGCAUUACUGGCAAGCCCUACAGCCUGCGAUCAAAUCGUAAUGGGUCGUUCUUUUGAAUUGGCUUUGGUGGUGGAGGUGGCCUGUUGCAAAGGCAUUUGAAUUACUGCCAUAUACUAUUGCCUACAGUCAGUGACAGGUUAUAAGUUCAGGGGAGACUCCUCCCAACUCUUUCCACUUUAGCAGAGAGAACGCAGGAGAGAAGGCAACCUCCUCCCAGCGUUCGGUUUGCUAUGGUGGAAAGCCGUAGGAGGAGGUUCCCCUGAACUCUCAACCUCUCACCAACUAGUAUAGACUCUAACAGACUUUUAUUUUCUUUUUUUUUUUUUUUUUUUUUUUUAAGUGGCAGUUUUUGUCUGUGUCAUGGAUUUCUCAGCACAUGUCUCGAGACCUCGAGCUGAUGUAAGAUAAGUAAUUGCAGUUCCGUCACAAUUACAAAAAAACAUUGACUUUUUUUUUAGCCCAUGACAAUGAAUUGGUGCCGCUACCACUGUCGCAUCGUCUUACUCAUAUUCUGUGUGAGCUCAACAUUUGGUGUAUUUUCUCGCACCGCUCGAAUACUCUUCCCAAACAAAAAUGUGGGCAGUUUAUAAGCGCGCCUCUUUCUGAAAUCGAGGUUGGAACAAAACUCUGAACUGUCGCAGCGUGGCCUAGUCAUCCGCUCGUCAUCCGCGGACCAUGCCUGGCGCAAACGGGCCUUUUUGACGACGCUCUCUUUCGGGUAUCUGUUGGGAGUGAAGGAGCUCUUGUUAGCCUGCCAUUUCGAAUGUUUCCCUUCAGAAAAGAAGGAACUGUUACAGAAUUUGUGAUACUACCACUAGUAUUUACGGGAACCGGCAAGUUCAUGGGUCAGUGCUCGGCCCCCACGACGGUCUCACUUCCGGGACAUCCUGCAUCUUUUUGUUUUUGUUAUUCAGCAUUCACAACUGGUCAGCGCACAUUCAGAUCCUGCAUGGCUUUUUACGCCCAUUCUCGAUUGCCUUUUCUAGUCCGAUUUUAUCCGUACUUCACACUCUUUCCUCUUUUAUUGUGUCCACGUAGAGUAAAUCUGUGUUACAAACUUUUUCCUUCAAACCCCAGCGCAAGCAUUGUGCGCGUCAAUGUCGUCUGUCGGCAGUUUUGCCCCGGGUAACGCAUUCUGUUGUCUUUUGCCAAUUCUCCGUGUUUUCGCGCUAAACGCACGCUCGUCCAUGAAGGUGCAGCUCGCCAUAUCAAGCGUAGUUCCGCGACACAUUGCCCAUUGCUUUCACGUGUUGUGGCGUUCUGUUUCAAAGUACAAAUAUUCUAUUCUUGUUACCCUUUUCAUUCCUUCCAUCUCGACUACCACUGCAUAUACUUCUAGCGAGGGGGACACAAAUAAGGAACAAGGACCUACUAGUCAUUUUACGAGCCACCGCUGUGUCCGAGUAUGUCUGCCGUAUGACUUCUAAGCUUUAAAGAGAAGGAAACGUCGCCUUCAAAGUGGCCAGCACAUUCCGACUUCACUUUGCUCUCCUAUAAUCACUAAGCAGCACCCAGGGGGCCUGGUGCGUCUGCAGCGAGUUAAAUUAAUAAAGUUCCACUAUAAUAGCCAUUCCAGCCAGAUCCUGCUUGAGGACGCCCAUGUAACCCCGUCAGUUUUAUUGCACUUGCCACUCUUUGGUUCUUUUUUUAUGCUUCCACGGCACGUCAAGGCCUGUCUGUCCAGUUAGUUGAAAUGGUACCAUUGUUCGUCGUUUACGCUAGGGCAAAUAUUUUGCAAAUUGCAGAUCUGCUUGGACCUGGUAAAAUUUGGGCUCUUGUGGUGGGAACUUGAGGGCAAAGCGAUGAAAUGGUUGGAAAAAGAUUUUCUCGGUGUCCGGUGCACCAUUUGUUCCGUUUGCAGUUUGCUGGUCUAUCUGUCUGCACAUGGAAGAUCGUCAGGAUGAAAGCUAAAAGUUCCUGUACUCGAGUGUCGGUACAGUUCUGUGAAAUCUAUGGCUGCGUCAGACUUAUCCGGAAGUACACUUGUUUAAAGCACUCUUAAUAUGAAUGUUUUUUUUUUUUUUGCUUUACUAUUUGGAAAGGAAGUGCACCAGGUUCUGUAAAAAUGGAAAGCUCAUCACGAAUAUUGGGGUAAUCAGCACGACAAGGAGAUUUACCCAAAAACCUUGACGACAAUUAUGGGAAUGCCGGGUUUUCCCUGGGCACAGUGCACCAGUGUGGCUAUAGUUAUUUAUUGCGUGCAAUAGCAGUUCUGUUCGUCAUUUUCACGUUGCACAUUUUAUCGAAGUGUUUAUUUGCAACAUGUUGUAUCAAGCUUCAGAUUUGUUUUUAGUGUCGCAUUUGUUUUUCCACUGUAUACAAAAUCGACACAAGUUUUGUGACAGAAGUGAAGAGAGAAAUUUACUAUGUUUGUUGUUACUUUGCUCCUGUAUACAGACAUGCAGUUCAUGCUGGCAUAGCCCUUAAUGUGGCUUUAUUUUAUGUAAAUGGAAGUAUGUUUUUAUUGUCUUUCAUCUUGUUUUAGUUUGAAUGCACGUCAUGCUCUUGUUCUACAUUGUCUUUGCACAUUUUUCAAUAUUCUUGUUAUUUCGAGAAAUGUUUUACAUAUUUAUGUGUCUAAAACUAGUCACCCUGGCUUAUGGUUUACCACUCAGAUUGUAUGUCGGUGGAAAUUAUUUCGCAUAUGGGACUGCCCCCGCCAUACUAAAUGAUGUCGCUUUAACAGCUUAGGCCAACAUUAAUCUUCAUAUUAUGGAAAUUCCUUUUUACAUGAUACAUACAAGAUAUAACCAACACCUCUGUCCAGUAGAAGACCCUGUAUACAUUGCAGGCAAGGGACAAAAUCGACUCACUGUUAGGGAGCUUUAAUAUAUGGCUACAUAUUAGAAGAGAUUUUUUUGUGCAGCAUUCCCGAUCGCCGCCGAAAUAUUAAAAAACUGCGUCGCAGGCGCAGGCACAAUACAAGACACCACUCGACACCGACUGCUCAGUGUUCCCAGCGGUGCGGAUUGGCGCCACCUUUAGACUUCUAACGUACACCGAUUUCAGAUUACAGGCAUCGCCACAUUUGUCCAAGCCCACCGCAGCCAGUGAGUUCAUCUCAGCGUGGUCCCGCCGGAUACCUCUCAUUAGACUCUGCGAGUAACCUCGCACAGACGACACGACAGGUAGCAUACUGGCGGGCGGCGUGCCGAUGGAGAUUUCCGUUGCAGCCUUAUCGAAACGAGGUAGAGUUUGAAACGCCGGGCAAGGACUUAAAAAACCAAACAGGAUGACCUCGAUUUUAUUGCUCAAUACGACUUGUGCGUGUCGGAGAAUCUCAACUCUUGCUCCUUAAUCCUAGUUAUGUUGGGUCUCUGUCCCGCCCCUCCCCCCGACGGCAGCAUCUUUUCCCCCAAUGGGUUUUUCGGUACCUCGCCACUGUACUCCAUCCGAUGGCCGGUCCCUUUUCCCCGUAGCCAACCUCUGGCGAGUAGUUUCCACGAAGAGGACUUUCACAUCUGUACUCAACCUAGAAAGGCACACGCACACACCCGCACCAAUGGGAGGAGGGGCUGCUCCAGCAGAGGCCCCCCCCAGUCCCGUUUCCUCCCGGUCUUUUCUCAAACCUUUGUGAAUAACAUUCUCUUUGCAUCACUCGCCGCGUACUCAAACACACUCACCCAAGAUGGAAGAACAUGGUUGUGGUUAAAUAAUAAAGUUCUAACAAAUAUUUAUUUCUUCACGACGAAAGUAGGGCUAGCUGUAUUCACCGGCAUCGGAACAGCCCUCCCCCGCUGGGCGGAGGCACGGGUCUCGCAGCGCGUACGUUGGGGUUCACGAAAACUACCGCAGUGGCUGUGCUGGACAGGGAGGGGAAGGGGACCAGCUCCCGUGUUGGCUUUCUGCUUGCAAGAGGUUUCGGACCGAAACACCGUUUUCUUGCGAGCUUGUACUUUGCCUUACCUCUCCAGUUGAAACUGCCCCCCGAUUCAUAGGAGGACAAAGUAGUUUUUUGAAACCUACUCUUAAUAAAAGGACUAUGUGAAAUUCCUCA